AUGGCGCCGCCCAGAGAAAUCCCGGGCUUCUUCUACGACGAGGCCAAGAAGAAGUACUUCAAAAUCGAGCAGCGAGGCCCUCCGGCGGCAUCGCAGUACUCGGCCCAAAACGUCAAGAAGCGGAGGGCCGAGGCGCGCGACGAGGCCGUCAAGGCCAGGAGGGCAGCCAUGCCCAGGGUCAGGCCUGAUUCCCGAAAUCCGCUCGCGGACCCCAUCGUCGGCGGCCUGUUCCGCCGCGACCUGGGCGAGCACCCUCCCGACCUGGCCAGAGACUGCUGGGCCGACGGGCUGCAGUUCAAGGGCGCCGCCGCCGUCUCGAGCCCCCGAGCUCAGCCCAUCGUCAGCUUCUUGGUCGGAGGCGCGCAGCAGCAGCAGCAAGAGGACGACGGUCUUGUGAUAGCAGCAACGUCACGUGGAGAGAUGGUCAAAAGCGUCUUCUCGCGGGACAAAUACAAUCAUAUUCAGAACAAUCCGAGCAGAAACUCAAUACGCGCCGCAGGAGAAAUACCACCCAUACCAAUGUCAAUCACCGGCCUGGCUUGGGGUCGUAGAAACGAGGCCGAGGACCUAGGCUGGCCGGUGUUUGCAUAUUCGAGCGCAGAGCUCUACGGAGGCGAACCUAGCAUGCCGUUCUUGUAUCUAUCCCGCGAGCCCUCGGGCCAAAUCGACCGAGGAUCCUUUAUAAACCACUACCAGUUCGACUGUCCAGAGGGGACAUCCUGCAUACCCCCUGUCACCUGUUGCGUCACGGCACCAGGCGCCUCGAGGGGGAUCAUGGCCGUCGUUGGAACGAAGCAUGGACUUGCCACCAUUGAGCGCACCGAAUCGGUGAGCGAGGUGGGCUUCGCCGCGAGGUCACCGGGAAGCCGUAACACGGGGAACACGGUGCUCGCCCUGGACUUUGUGGACGCCCACCCGGACGUGCUGGUGUUGGGCGGCCGGGGAGGCACGGGAAUAUGGACUACUGACCUCCGUGAGGCGGCCAGCCAGCUGGCAGGGGGAGGCGAUGACUAUACCCACCGACUGGACCGGCCGCCACCGCUUCAACAAAAUCUCCUGGGCUGUCAUCCAGGUCGCCAGGACGCACGCCGCUACGCCGCACUCACGUUCCCUGAAUGCACCACGCCCACGACGCGGGUGCGCACCUUACCAAACAGAGACCUCUUGUACGUGCUCGGGGACUGGAAGCCCACCCAGCCCCGGCGAAACGACACAAGCUGCCGCUGGCUCGAGGUGUCGAGUGACGUCGGCGGGGCCGUCAACCACGUCGUCUCUCUCAACCAGUACCAGGUACUAGCGGCCGGCAUCAGCGACCGCAUGGACGUCUGGGACAUGCGCUGCGGCUUCAGCCAGCAGCGCCAGCAGUAUCCGUGCACCAGCUUCCCGGGCUACAAGAACGCCGCCCGCCUGGGGACGGGCCUGGCCGUCAACAAGAAGCUCGGCAUCGUGGCCGCCGCCAACGACCAGGGGCCCGACAGCUUCUGCCCCGUCAAGCUGCACUCGCUGGCCACCGGGAGGGAGCUGCCGUGCCGCGCCCUCGAUGGGGAGGCGCAGCGACUCCAGGACCUGGAGGGCCCCGGCCACAAGCCCCUGCUGGGUAUCCCGUCGCCCUGCCUGCGCUGGGAGUCACUACCCCGCGAUCGUGACCCCAGCCUGUUCGUGUCCAGGGGCACCCGUGUGCUCAAGUUCAGCUUUGGCUUGGAGACUGGGCUGGUCGACGAGUUUUGA